CCUUGCAGGAAGUCUCUUGGAAGGAGGUCGCAGAAGAGAAACCAGCAGACGAAGCAAGGUACUCCUCCGUACUAGCUUAGCUACCACCUUUCGGUUGCGUGGGUCGAGGAGGAAGGGACACGAUGCCGCGGUUGUACAGCCAUCCGGUGGUGCACCCCCACCCGGUGGUGGUGGCGGCGCCGCCAGCGCAGUGGCAGGCGGCAGCGCCGGCGGCAGAGGCGGCGCAGGGUGACGGGGCGAACGGGGACGGGAACGCGCCGCCUGGGGUCAUUAUGAGGAACAGGGGGAAGCGGUGCCGGCCCGGGAUGCGCCUCGCACAGGCCGCCUUCGCGGCCGCCGCGGUCGCCGCCAUGGCGUCCACCCACGGAUUCGCCUCCGUCACCGCGUUCCGCUACCUCGUAGUAGCAGCAACUGUGCAAUGCCUGUGGAGCCUCGUUGUGGCCAUUGUGGAUCUCUAUGCACUUCUUUUCAAACGUUCCUUCCGAAAUGCCCGAGCUUUCAGCAUGCUUGCCCUUGGGGACUGGGUUACAGGAGUAAUGAUCUUCAGCGCAGCGUGUGGAUCAGCAGGCAUCACUGUUCUCCUUGACAAUGAUCUCAGAUCUUGCCUGGGAAAUCACUGUCCAAGCUUCAUGACUGCUACCGCCAUGGCUUUCUUGUGCUGGUUUGUUCGUGUACCGUCCGGUAUCGCGAGCCUUUGGUGGGCGGUCUACGAAAUACAAAGAUCCUAGUUUGUGAAACAAGACUCGGGCUGUUUGCGCAACCAGAUCCCUUUGUGACCAAACUGGGGACACAUCAUAGCGCAGCUAACUAUACUACGUCCAGGAAGCAAAUUGGAAGGGAGUAGCUAGGUGUUGGAAAGUGUGGCUGAGCAGCUUGCUUUUUUUGCUUUGAGGAUAGUCCUGAUGGUUGUGUUCUGGGGUUACUGCUUGCUAUAUCAGUUUUAUAUUGCUACUACUCAUAUAGUAUCUUAUUAUCGAUAUCUAGAUCUAAUAGGUCCUGAUAUUACUCACAUAGUGUGGCUGUGACCUACGAUUGCCAAAUUAUCUGUUGUUUCAGGAGGCC